AUGAGAAACUCACAAUAUUGUGUUUGUAAUCCAUCAUUCUGGUCUAAAACGAGAAAUGAGAACAUCGGUGAUGACGCGAGGGAGGCCAGAUAUGGAGCAGUUGCUAAGAUCUACUAUUUGCAGCAUUCGUUCUGGAGUUCGCUGGAGAAGGAUCCGGAGCCGUUACCAGGCGCACCGUCCGUUUUGAGGGAUUACUUUACCCCAGAUUUACUUCGGAACUACGAUAUUGCAGUAAUGGCUGAGGCUUCCAGUAAGCCUGUUCUGUAUUCCUCUUACGCAGAAUCUUAUGUUAAACUUCUUUGAUA